GAAGAGUUAAUCAAUAAUCACGACAAGCUCAAUCAAGUAACAGAAUGUUGGUGGUUCAACGUAUACUUCACGUAUUGAACUCACCUUGGACCAUUGAAACUUAGUCAAUAACAAUUCAUGGAUCUACAAAAACUAUUACUAAAAUACAGUAUUCUUAAUUAAUUCGAACCAUUGAAUGAAGACAGAACAUCUCUGAAUCUCGAAACACUUGAUUUCAGCAUACCAAGCCUUUGACUCUAAUUGUUUAACACCAUACUCCUUUAAUUUUCUAUCGUGGUCUAAAAUACUCAUCACCGAAGCUUUUUUUAAUCACCUUUGAUUAUCCUCUAUUGCCGUCACAUUACUGACUGUAUAUGUUCAACAUCUUAAUAUACAAGAUUUUUUAUUUCGUGCCAGUUCAUGUCUCAUUUGAUUCCAAUUGACGAAGCAAAGGCUAUUGAUUUUGCUUUUGAUACAACCUUUCGGAAAACUCUUCUAAUACCUAAUCUGGACUUAUUCAAUUCCGCUUUAGACAGCUUAUUUAAGAAACCAUUAGAGUCUGUAAACCUUCCUGACCUGGACGUGUCUGAAACCAAAGUAAUAAUUGUUCGAAAUCGACCUUUUGGUAUUCGAGAUCGCCACUCUCAUUCAAUAAACCUCGACCGAGUGAGGGCUAACAGCUGGACACAAAUAAAAUCUGCAACUCCUCCACUUCAAGGGAGGGUAUUUUUGAGAAGGAAUUUGCGACGUGUGCGCGACAGUUUGUAGACAUAUAAAUACUGACACAUUACUUGAUUUAGUCAGGAAAACCGUACUUAUUUAUUUUUUUUGUU